GACAGUCUACAACAGCUUCCCUGACCUGUAUCCGCAAUGAACACAAUGUCGGGGCUAAAGAACUUUAAGGGAUGCUAACAACUCUUGCUUUCCUGCCACACACCUUCAUUUCUUUUACAGGGUUGGAGAGAGGCAUGUUUUAACCGGUUCAGUUGUCUGAGUGACGCAGGGAACAGUCAUGACUGAGGAGUUUGUCAAAUGCCAGAAAAAGGAUAGAAGACAAGAUCGUACAAGUCAAAACUCUGCUCCCAUGCCUGUAUCAACCCCUGCAGGAUGUGACCAACAGAGAAGGAAUACAGCAAAAAUUUGACUUGGGGUGGAAAGAGACUGCUGCUUCACUGGAGCUGCUUUGAAGAACAUGAGCUAUGAGAACGAAUCAGCUCAUGAAAUAUACUUUAUUUGCUUCUUGUUACCUGUUCUGGGUAGCCAGUGGACUGAUGGUAGCAGUAGGUUUAUAUGCCAAACUCUCCAAGGAAUCAAGUGCUGUGGACACCCUCCUGGCUGAGCCCUCUCUCUUAAUAAUCGUCGUUGGGGUCCUCACUUUUGGAAUCACGUUUGUGGGCUGCACUGGGGCCCUUAGGGAUGUGCCAGUGCUGCUGAAAAUGUUUGCCGGGGUAUUGCUGGUCAUCCUCAUUCUCCAGAUUGUGGCUUCAGUGGUGGCGUUUCUCUUCUCAAGCUUGGUGAUGGAUAAGGCAGCAUUUCUGAUGGGAAAAGCCAUAAUCAAUUAUCGGGAUGAUCUGGAUUUACAGAAUCUCAUUGAUUAUAUCCAGAAAAAGUUUGAAUGCUGUGGGGUGCAUUCCUAUAAGGACUGGUCCCAGAAUGUGUACUUUGACUGCAAAGUCUCCAACCCAAGCCUGGAACGCUGUGCCGUCCCUUUCUCUUGCUGUAUCUGGGAGAAGAAGGGCAUUCUCAACACCAUGUGUGGCUACGGGACUCAGAACCUGAAAGCGUGGAAAGCGGAAGAUUUGAUCCAUACUGAAGGCUGCUUGGAGAAGAUCGUCACCUGGGGUCAGAGAAAUCUGCUACUUAUUGCAGGAUUGGCAAUAGGGCUGUUAGUUUUGGAGAUUGUUGUGCUCUGUUUAGCUGUGAUGUUAAUUUACCAGAUCAACUUCAUCGUUCAGAAAAGGAGCAGCACAAGGAAAGAACCUGAACAGUGAAAGGAAGAACUCUAAUAGAGCCUCUCACCUUGCUCAGCAAGAGAGAAAUGAAUACCAACCCAGGGAAGAAGUGCAAUUAAGAAACCCAGUGACUCCCCCAGAAGACAUCAGGUCAAAUCACGACAAAGGGAAUGGAUCUCCUGGAACAUAAUGAACCCCAAAUGGAAAGUCUUGUGUCCGCAUCAAACGAGGACCAUCUGCAGUUCAAGAAAUCCAGUACACCUGAUGGAAACCCACGCGAUUGAUCUGUUUCAUUUUCUCUCAUCUUUAUUACUAAAUGCAGUUCAAUGAAAAGAAAAGCUUUCCUCUUGGUGUUUCAGUG